CAGGCGCACAGAGCCGUGGCGACGCUUCCACUGGUGUUUGCUAGGCAGCUGUCAAUACUGUGCGUAUUGGGCAGCGCUCUUCUCUGGAGCGCGCGGCGAGGCGCACAGCCCAGCAUGCCGUCUGCGAUCCGGCCCCCGUCGGCGCAGACAGAUCGGCCGCCACGAAGCAUCUCGCUGGGCGGCAUCAAGUCUGCCGGCGCCUCCACGACACGGCGGGUGCCACGAGACGCCGGACGAGGCGAGUCAGGCAUUCCUCGGCUGGCCAGCUCCUCAUCGAGCGGCUCGCACGCGGCGCCGUCCAGUCCGACGACUGCCCAGCCGAAUCGCACCUCAAUCAUCGGCAACACGCAGGCAAAGAGUGCGGGCCAGGCGCUGCAGGUGGUCAAUGAGCAGCCGUCGCCGCGCGAAGGCCUGCCAUGCAGCGAUUAUGGCAUGCCCAGCAGCAUGCUGCCGCAGCCGGAGCGCAGGUCGGUCAUACGCAGCCAGGGCAAGCGCGCCGAGAGCGAGAGCGCAGGCCUGAACCGCAGCCGGAUAUCUGGGCGGCAGUCGGAGCCCGCUGAACAAUCUGCGGCACCCACCAGGUCCAAGUCUCUGCGGCCCGGCACGUCGCCGCGCAGCACCUUCUCCACAGUGCGGCGCAUCUUUGGACGCUCGAAGUCGAACUCGAUCAGCUCGACGCAGGGCGACGCUCGCCCAGACUUUACAGCUGCAGCGGGCGAAUUUGGCCAGCUGAGCGACGACGAGCGAGCCAAGGCUGCGCGAGCAUCGCGAGACUCGGCGCGCACACUCAAGGAGCGCAGCAUCUUCUCGCCCUUCCGGGCGCGGGAUCCGCAACGGAAGAUGACAGCAAGUGCGAGCGAGAGCGCGUAUAGCCCGAGGCCAAGCGCUGUCGAGGAGAUGCGCGUCAGCAGGGACGCCAGCCGCGCGCAUGGGGCCACGUCGAUGGACGUAGCCGAGCCAGGCCACACACUGCCGCAGUCUGCAUCUUCCGAAGGAGCGCACGCGUACAACAGCGUGCACGCCAAGCCGGACCGCAGCUUGACGCUGCAGGCGCUCUCGGUGCCGCCCUUCGCGCACAGAAGCAGUGCCUCGCGCAUCUCUGGCGAGCAGCAAUGGCCGGAUGAUGCUAGCCGUGUCAGCACGCCGAACGCGGCGCAGAUGCAGCGCAGCGCCAGCUCGGGCAUGGGCGAUGAAGGCAUGGGCGUGGCGCUCACCGUCGGCGCCUCGACGGAUGCGCUUGGCGAAGCGCUCGAGCAGGCGCCCUCGCGCGCUGUCUCCGCUCCAUCAAAGCCGUCGGUGCCGAAGAUGUGGCAAGUGUCGCGCUCCUCUCUGAUCCCUGAUCUGGGCGCGACGGCGAGCGAAGAGUCAGGAACCGACGGCGAGGGCGGUUAUGAGCCCCCGCAACAAGGGCAGCAACCGCACGCGCGCUACGGCACCUCGACUACGAUGGCCUCGACGAACUCGUACCAGACCGCCGCCUCCUCGCCUUUUGGCAGCCUCGCUCGCCGGGGCCAACCGAUUCAAGGCGGCCCGGGGAGCAGCACAGACUCGGAGCUGGAAUCGCUGGCUCAUCGCAAUGGCGACGCUGCGCCAGAUGGCGACGAGACGCUCAUUGCAGCCGAGUCGCGCACGCCGCUGUCCGACUUGCUUGACAAGCUCGACCGGCGUCGCCAUGAUCUCUCUAACUCAACGCCGACGACCAGCCAGGCGGAGGACUCAUAUCUUUCGUCUCGCCCUGCGCUGGCCGCGGGUCCGUCGCCGAUCCCCUUCCCAGACACUCCUCCGGCGCUGCAGCAUGUGCCCAACACGCGCGCACACGAGCCAAACAGCACCUUCUUCGAGGACGACUCGAUUGCUUCGCCUGGCUCGCCUCAGCUGCGCCGCAACACCUUUGGCGACGAGCACGAGGCGCAGCGCGACUCGUGGCGCGCUCGGCUGCCGGUCUCUCCGCUGCGCGACGACUCGCAGCUUGCUGGUGGGCGCUCUGGCCGCGACGCUGGCCACGAGCUCUCGCUGCUCGAAAUCGAGAGCAAUCUUGCGGCAGUCGAGGCAGCGCUGCAAGACCACAGUCUGGCGGGCAGCUUCGAUGCCACAUCGCUGCGUCGGCGCAUCGGCUCAUACGGGCAAGGCGACAUGUCGGCACACAUGCAGGACUCCGCGGGGGGCAGUCCGCAGGCGCCGUAUGGCGCUGGCCUGUCGUAUCGCCCAGCUCCGCGCGUCACGUUGCCGCCGGGCUCCGAAAGCGCGAUUGCCGAUGCAGUUCGCGAGGUGCGACGUGCGCUCAGCUCUUCGCACCUGCCGCGCAUCCCGAGCGAGAGCGAGAUGGGUGCUUCCUCGGAUCGCAGUCCGACGAUCUCGCGCCGGCGCUCUCCGGCACCGUCUCCUCUGCGCGAAGGCUCGCCGCGCGAGUCAACGCCGAUGCGGGCUGCACGAGUGCGGCAGGAGUCUAUGCAAGACGUCGAAGAGGCGUACGCACGCAUGUGCGACCUCGUCGGCUCUGCCGCAGGCAUUAUCGCACCAUCGCCCAUGCUCGGUGGCAAGGCUUGGAAGCGCAAGAGCGCUCACCCAACAGAGAGUGCAAAGUUCUCUCCGCAGCGCAACGGCACGGAGAUCCGCGAGCGGGCGCAGAGCCUCGUCGCCCCUUCUCACGUUCAGGCAUCCCGCCCGGUCGUGAUGGACCGAGUGACAAGGCAGCAGCUUCUGCGCGACGCCGACUCGCUUGCUCGUCACAGCGCAGCCUUCGCAGACAGUGGUGCGCCAGACGAUGAGCCCGAGCAUGCGCUGCGCGGUCGCAACAGUACGCUCUCCACCGGGUCUCGCCGCGCCAUGUCCGAGUCUCCGCCGCGUCGUCCAGUGCACAAGGAGGAGACCAAGAGCGAGGCGCGUCGCCUCUCUCAACACGCCGAGGCGCAGCGGAUGAGUACCGGCUCGGCGACCACGACGAAGCGGUCCAGCAACGCUACGACCUCCGCCAGCGGCUCUGGCGGCACCGCCGCGCUCAGCGCAUCGCCUUCGGUCACCGUCAAGACGCAAGGGACGCCACGCUCGCCUCAGAGCGACGCACAUCAGAAUGCCGAGUGGAACCGCAUGCCGCAGUCGCCGUUCCGACACGGCAUGCCCAAUCAGCACCAAGGCUCGCUGUCGCGUCACGAGCGGCAGACGUCGUCGCCCUUGUCUCAGCAGCACUUUGGUGGUGAGCCGUCGAACACAUUCGAAGCUCGACCGUUUGCACUCAAUGCGAGCGGCAACGCCGAGACCCGCCGUCACGCCGAGGAGGCGAUGCGCCGGGCACGCGCGCAGCUCAGCUCGGCGUCUGUGCGGAACAGCACACUGCGGUCGCCAACGCCUACUCUGGGCGGCUACCGGAGGCCGCACUCGGGCUCGGUGCGCGAGUGGACCGCAGAGGUCGCUGGUAGACCCACGAGCAGGACGAGUGCCGCUAGCGCCGCCCACCACGGGCACGGACCUGCUGCGCGACACUUCCCGCGCCUCGCAGACCAGGACACCUCACGCAGCAUCUCGCAGGACGGGCACCAAGCGAUCAACGCCGCGGACCUGAGCUACAGCACUGCCUCGUCGAUGCAGUCGUCGCUCAACGCUCUGCAGCGGCGGCACGCGCUGGAGCGCGACAGCCUGCUCGACAUGCUCGAGCGAGCGCGCAGCGAGAACGUCGACCUGCGUGUGCGCAACGAGAUGCUACAAAGUGAUCUGCAUCUCGAAGUCACUCAGGUCCUUGAGCUGCAGCGCGAGCUGGAGCGACAGAGUAGUCGUGCCUCAGAGCAGGCUGCCAAGGUCGAGGCGCUUGAGGCGCAGCUCGAGACUGAGCACCGCGACCGCCUGCGCAUCGCCGAGCUGCUCGAGCGCGUGCAGACUGCCGUUGACACUGCCGCCAAUGCGCGUUCCAUCAACGGACUGAGCCCGACAGCCAGCUCUGCAAGCAUCGUCCAGGAAGAUCUGCAGCCCACUUCGCGCCGGGUCUUCGACGUCACGCCGAGCGUGCUCGCUCCGCUGCCGCUUUCGGAGGCCUUCGAGGAUGAAGAACAGAUCCUGGCGAGCUUCCGCGGUCAUCAAGCCGGCCAACAGCCUCCGGACAGCCAUGCGCGGCAGCUGUUCCUGUCGCGCGCCCAGUCGUCGUACAGCCUCGAGGGCGGCUCCCUGAUCGGCGGCGCCUCGAUCGUCUCUUCGGAUGCACAGCCGCGCAGCCCGAAUCAGGGUGCCCCCGACAGAUCGCCGAGCCUGCGCUCGAUGCCCAGUGCUCUCGGACUCGAGAUCACCGAGCGCGAGCUCGACUGGUCGCUGCACGACGAGGCGCCUCUCGAAGGCGCCGAGAGCGGCGGAGAAGACGACUUGCCGCGGGACUACGAGCGGUCGACACAGGCUCGUCCAGCCACUCCUCCGGUCAGCCACCGGGAGCCAGCUUUCACCAGUCCGCCGAGCCGGCGCGUCUCGCAGCUGCCGCAGCCGACGCCUGCGCAUGCCAAGCGCUCGACGAUGCCCGCAUCGCUCUCUGCCAGCGCUCUGCCUGUCGGCGUCACGAGCGGCAUUCCCAUGUCCACCUCCGCCUCAAGCAUGAGCCACGUCGGGCAGGGCAGCAAGCGAGCCGGUCUCGCCGAGCGCUUCGGCUACCGUGGCCCGGUGCUGCCGUCGACGAUGCAGAACAGCGCGGCCACGCCCGGCGGCGCGCGCCAGUUCUCCACCGCCAGUCGCUUCACCACUACAUCGGCUGGCGACACGAGCUGGAGCGCCGUCUCGGACGAGCCCAUCGGCGGCUUCGUCCACCGCAGCGCCGGAUCGGGAGCCGCUGGCGGCUACUACGACCCGCGACGGCCGCAGGGCUACGACCCUACUGCGCUGCCUGACACGCAGCGCGGCCUGCUCGAGGAUGCCGAGCACAGCUACUGAGGGCACCUCGUCGCCCUCCACCACACUCAUUGACUCCCUUUGACCCUUCACCACACCCUCUUUAGCCUGCCCUCCCCGGACUCCUCUUCUGCGCGCGCAUGCCUGCGCCAGCGCCUGUUCCUUGUCUCGUCACUGCACAGCUUGCUUUUGCAUCGCCUCAUCUCCCGGUGUAAUCUUAGCAUUUGGAAACUCGCAAGGCUCCAGACAGCGCGUGACUCAUGCGCCCAUCUCGGCGCC